GUUUAUAAAAUUAAUAAUUAUAGCUGAAUAGAAUUUACGAAGAUGUUCAGUAGGAAGUUUUUUUACCAGUUAAAUUUGUAAAAUUUUAUCAUAAUUUUUUGGAUUUAUUUGAAAUAAAUAUGGUUGCGAUUUACUUUUUGGCAGUUCUGCGAAAGAAUUCUGCCAAAUCUGUCAUCUUGAGCAGUGUAAGCGACCUAUCCGAAUUUGGCUUUUUCCAAAAAAGAAGCGUCAAGGAAUUUAUGCAUUUUAGUAGCGUGAUCUUAGUCGAAAGAACAGAGCCAGAUGUUAAAGUCAGUGUACAGCAACAGGGUUAUAUGUGCAAUGCGUUUGUAAGGCCUGAUAACCUCGCUGCCGUAGUUGUCACGGAUGAUGAGUACCCAACAACAAAAGCCCACACAUGCUUAACUCAUUUACUAAAUGCAUUCUCCUCAUCCAUUAAACCUGAAAUUUGGGCACUGUCUGAUGCUGACUUAGAAUUCCCAGAAAUUAAGACAAUAUUUAAAAUGUUUUCAAAUCCAGUAAAAGAGCCAGUAAGUGCUGCUGGAUUAGAGGAAGAGUUAGAUGAAACUAAAAUAAUAUUGCAUAAGACUGUAGUUGGCAUUCUUCGAAGAGGUGAAAAUUUAGAUGAUCUCAUCAGAACUGCUGAUGAUAUAAGUGAGCAGUCAAAAGCUUUUUACAAAAGCGCUCGAAAAUCAAACUCCUGUUGUACUGCCUUGUAGUUAUAAAUUGAGUCCUCAAUCGAAAACUGUUUUUAAAACAGCUCACAUGUUUUUUGUUACAAUGCUUUACAUGCAUGAAUGAUACAAAAGCAAAUC